GAUCAACUGGCUGACCACUCGAGCAGUCCACGAUUGUGCACGAUAACACCCCACAGCCUGAGUGGGGCUGUACAUUUAUAUGUCCCUAUCAUCUCCGGCUGCCGGACGCCAAUCCUGACCACAUCCGAAACAAGCCAGCAUGAACUGCUGGGAGCACGAACCCGGCUUUGUCCACUUAUCAAUACGUCCCUGCAACAUCCUACGGCUCCGCCCGGCCUCUGACGUCUGCCCCUUUGCCCGGCAUCUCCCAGGUCUCACCUCGCAAAUUUUUUUGGCUUUCGGAUGGCGAGCUUCGCGGGAGAAGAGGUAUUCCCAUGCAAGACUUCUCGCACACCCUCGAAGGGCUCCAGAAAGAAUGUCGUGAGAUGUGCGAUUAUCUUCAUCUAUUCAUAUGUGGACUGCCUCUCCGCACGCUCUGAAUAAGAACCUUUCGAACCAAGCUCGGCAGCUUUAGGCAUAGCCGAUCUCACGCUACAAAUGCCCUGGUAGCGGUCGCUUUUAGCUUUGUGAUUACUGUUUGGUCUAUGGACACAUCUCCUUCACAAGCUGCUCCUGGACCUUGACGCGAGACCCAGCGUACUUCUAAUCUCACUUCACGUGUGGGACCAAUAACGAUAACUGUCUGCGAAAGGUCUCAUACACAGACGGUUCCGUCGAAGACUAGAUGUCACGGUACAGCUUCCCCAGAAAGGCAAACGGAGGCUUGAGAUCCUAACAACACCAAAUAUUGGCGCAUCAAGGCGUGCCGGAGCGUGGGAAGUGAUUGCAUCGAGAUCUCACCCCGAGAUUUUACCAAAAUUCCGCGCCCGCUUCGUACGGGACGACUGCCUAGUUCAUCUUCCUUCUUUCCGCUCUCUUGCUCGUUGUACAGCGCUCGCUUUGUAAACGAUGGGCAAGAAAGCAGCAAAAGCGACGCGCAAGUUUGCCGCCACCGGACAGCUCAAGAAGACAAUCCAGCAGCGCCGUAAGGUACAGGAUUUCAAGCGCAAGGCUGAGCGCCGCAAGGCGGGAAGGAAGGGUAAGGAGCGCGAGGACUUGGUACCCGCUGAGGACGAAGAGCAGGAGCAUGGAGUUGAAGAGACAAGCGGAAAGUGGGUUGUAUGA